AUGGCGCUUUCAAAAGAGGAUUUAUCGCAGUUUUUACUAGCUCAGCAGCAACUCUUUGCAGAACAACAACAUAAGUUGUUGGAAGAAGCAAGAGCAGAUUCGGCUAGGAGAGAAGAGCUUCUAUUGAGAAGUCUGAGCCAGCUUCAUACGAAGAUGGAGGAUGAAACCGAAACUGCAUCGGAUUUGAUUUUAUCGGCGUUAUCAAAGCGAAUUCCGGAAUUCACGUUCGAACCUGAAAAUGGUUGCACAUUCGAUGUGUGGUACCAGCGUUUCGAAGACGUGAUGUCGCAAGAGGGUUCGAAACUGAAGCAGGAAGCUCAGUCUAGAUUUUUGAUAACAAAGCUCGAUGCAGCCUGUUACGGGCGAUUGGUAGAUAAAAUCUUACCAAAAAAGCCAGCAGAAUUUAAAAGAGGCAGUCGAGAUCCUGGAAAAGAUGUUUGGACAGAAAAUGACUACGUUCAGAAAAAGCUAUUAAUUGAACAGGUGCCGAUUAGAAUCCAAAUCGACACUGGAUCGGACAUAACUAUGAUUAACGGUGAAUCCUGGAGGAAACUCGGAAAACCAGAUUUGCAAGAGACUCAAGACGACGUUCGGAACGUAUCAGGAGUGCCUUUAAAAACGUACGGCCGAUUCGCAACGGAAUUUUCAGUGGAAAGUUUCACGGGACACGGAUUCUGUUAUGUCACAGAUAACAUUCAGCUAAUGGGAAUUGACUGGAUUGAACAAUUACCACCCUUUCGAGACACGUUUAAGACGAUUUGCUGUAAAGUGGUACGGAACUAUACCCAUGAGGAGGUAGUAAACCACCUACGGAAAAGGUAUAAAGAAGUCUUUAAAUCAGGUUUAGGCCGAUGUACAAAAAUGGAAGCCAAGUUGGUAUUGAAAUCUGACGCUCAACCCAUUUUCAGAAAUAAAAAACCAGUGCCUUUUGCCACUCUAUCAAAAGUAGAUAGUGAGAUAGAUCGUUUAGUGAAGGAAGGAGUAAUUUACCCGGUGGAUUAUAGUGAUUGGGCAGCACCAGUGGUAGUAGCACAAAAAGCGAAUGGAAAGAUCAGACUCUGUGCUGAUUUCUCAACAGGUCUGAACGACCAACUUCAGCUACACCAACACCCACUACCGACAGCAGAAGAAAUUUUCGCAAGACUGAACGGUGGGGAGUGGUUCGCCCAUAUCGACUUUUCGGAUGCCUACAAUCAGCUAAUGGUCGACGAAGAAUCUCAAGAGCUCCUAACAAUUAACACGCAUCGCGGUUUAUAUCGUUUCAAGCGGUUAGCCUUUGGAGUAAAAUCAGCACCCGGCAUUUUUCAGAAAGUGAUGGACGCAACUAUUGCGGACCUGGAGGAUGUUGCUGCCUUCUUGGACGACCUAAUCGUUAAGGGCCGGACGCAAGAUGAAUUGAUUCACAAUCUGGAAUUGGUAUUUGAACGGCUACAGAAGUUUGGAUUCAGAGUACGUCUGGAUAAAUGCAUCUUCAUGAUGCCGAAAAUUAAAUACCUGGGGUUCGUCAUCGAUAAAGAUGGAAGACGUCCGGAUUCUACGAAGGUUGAAGCUAUCGAAAAAAUGCCGCCACCGCAAGACAUAAAUCAAGUGAGGUCUUUUCUUGGAAUGAUCAAUUAUUAUGGAGCGUUCGUAUCGGGAAUGAGAGAAAUUAGAGCCCCACUGGAUGCACUAUUAAAGAAAGAUGCAAAAUUUGUCUGGACACCACAGUGUCAAAAAAUCGUUCGAGCGAGCGAAAUUUUGUCGUCAGAUUUACUUUUGACGCAUUUCAAUCCGAAGUUGGAUGUUAUAGUCGCAGCAGAUGCUUCAGAUUACGGUAUCGGUGCAGUAAUUCUUCAUCGUUUCGCUGACGGAAAACAAAAGGCCAUAGCGCAUGCAAGUCGCGCUCUUACCGCAGUAGAGAAAAACUACGGUCAAAUAGAAAAAGAAGGUCUGGCCCUUGUUUUUGGCGUGCGAAAAUUUCAUCGAUAUAUUCAUGGUCGGAAGUUUACACUCCAGACAGACCACAAACCCCUGUUGUCUAUAUUUGGAAGUAAGAAAGGAAUACCUAUUAUGCUUUACACUAUCUACACGGCGAAUCGCCUGAAAAGAUGGGCAUUGAUCCUGAUGACUUAUGACCUCACCAUUGAAUAUCAGAAGACAACCGAAUUUGGUCAAGUAGACGCACUCUCACGUCUUAUGGAUCAGCAAAGGACCCAGCCAGAAGACAUGGUCAUUGCAAAAAUUGAACGAGCCGUCAAUGCAGUAUGGGCCGAAGCAUUACGAGCAUUACCUGUAACGGCACGGGAAAUCGCACAAGAAACACAAAAUGAUCCUGUAUUACCCCAAAUUAUAAAGGGAGUGAGCACAGGAGGUUGGCAGGAAGGUCAACCGGGAUCUGCGCUAGCUGCAUUUCGUAACCGAAGAAAGUCACUUUCGGCAAUAAAGAAUUGUUUAUUCUUUGGCCACAGAAUCGUGAUUCCUCAAGUUUUACAACACCGAGUGUUGACCAUGUUACACGAAGGUCAUCCUGGUUCCACUCGCACGAAAAUGUUAGCGCGCAGCUACGUGUACUGGCACAACAUCGAUCAAGACAUCGUAGACUUGGUGGGAAGAUGCACAAAGUGUCAGGAGUCAGCUAAAAAUCCUGUUAAAAACGAGUUAAGUUCGUGGCCUAAAACUACGGGCCCCUGGCAACGAAUUCACAUAGAUUUUGCUGGCUCAUUGGAGGGGAAAAUGUUCCUAGUGGUAGUUGAUGCUUUUUCUAAGUGGCCAGAGAUCAUCGAGAUGACCUCGACAACUACAGAAGCACAAUUUGGAUACCCAAAUAUGCUCGUUUCGGAUAACGGAACUCAAUUCAUGGCUGCAGUGUUCCAAGAUUUUUGUGAAAAACACAACAUCCAACAUGUCAGAUCACCGCCGUUUCACCCGCAAUCGAAUGGCCAGGCAGAGCGAUUUGUCGACUCAUUUAAAAGAGCAUUGAAGAAAAUGAGAGGGGAGGGAGCUGUAGGUGAAACUUUACAGACAUUCUUGUUUACCUACCGAAAUACGCCAUGUCCAUCCGCACCUAAUCAGCUGUCCCCAGCAGAAAACUUCAUUGGCCGACCUUUAAGAUCGACAUUAUCGAGCCUGAACACCUUUGAAAAUAACACAACGGGAGAAAAAGAUGUGAACAUGGAAGAACAAUUCAGAAAAAAACAUGGCGCGCGUGAGAAAAGUUUUGAAGUAGACCAGCUAGUUUACGCCCGUGAUUAUCGUCCGCGAAGACCGAGAUGGAUAGCGGGAAAAAUCAUUGAAAAACGGGGACGCACGAUCUACGUGGUAGAAGUGAUCGAGGGUUUAUGGGUUCGUCACGCAAACCAGCUUCGUCAUAGGGCACAGUCAGAUGAUGCAGGGAACGAUACGGCAGAGGCAGACCUGUGGCAGAUGUUCGAGCUACCAGAAGAUUCUAACAUCAAAGGGAGAUCAACACCGCAAAGUCACGAAACUCAACCGGUCAUGUCUACCGAAGAGGAGCAGGUGACAACUCCCGCACAAGAGGACGAAAACCUUGCAGUACCACCGGAGCGGGAGAAAAGUAACGACCCUACACCCAUCAUCACGGAAGAGACCAGGGAGGAACAGCAAUUGAUUCCAGGAAAUCAACCAGCAGCCUCUCCCAGUUCAACGCGCCUUCGCUCCAGUAGAAUUCCCAGACCAACAUCAAGAUUAAUAAUCGACCCUCAAAAGAAAACAUACGUUUAA